UACAGAAGAUUCAUUUAAGGUAGAGGCAAGGUUGAGCGGUGGUAAACAUGAGCAAUGAAAAACCCCACCAGAACGGGAAAGAUGCUAAUGCUAGUAUCACGGCAGGGAGGGCCGGGGAGACGAGGGGUUCCCCCACGAUCAUCGGUAUCAACGGAGUGCCGUCCGUCCGGAGACCCAACACAUGCCGUCAGACGAUUUCCACGGCAACGAGACUGAACAACUACGCCACAGGACAGCAAUCCGUGGACAAUCUCCAUAAGUCCACCGAGGCUAAAUCGCAUUGUUCAGAAACACGAUGCAAGGGCUCCUUCAUGCUCCCUAAUGUGCGGACCAACACACAACCCCGCCCACCGCAGGACGUACUCAGCCACGCUCAGGAUUUCAUUGAUCAAUAUUACAAGCACAUCAAAAGGUCCGAGACUGACGCCCAUGCUAAACGCCUGGCCGCCAUCACAGAAAGCAUCGCCUCAACCGGAUCGUACCAGCUUACAGAUCAAGAGCUGCAAUAUGGCGCCAAGCUGGCCUGGCGGAACGCUCCGCGUUGCAUUGGUCGAAUUCAGUGGACCAAGCUACAGCUCUUCGAUGCCCGCGGUAUCACCACUGCGCAAGAGAUGUUCAACAUUCUCUGCAGCCAUCUAACAUACGCCACCAACGACGGAAAUAUAAGGUCUGCUAUCACUGUUUUUCCUCAACGCACGGAUGGUCAGCACGAUUUCCGUGUCUGGAACAUCCUCUUGAUCAAGUAUGCUGGCUACCAGCAGCCUGAUGGAUCGGUGAUAGGGGAUCCAGCUAGUGUGGAAUUUACAAAGAUAUGUGAGCGUCUUGGUUGGAAAGGUGAAGGGGGAAGAUUUGAUGUUCUGCCACUUGUCCUGCAAGCCAAUGGGGAGGACCCUGAAUGGUUUGAACUACCAAAGGAGUGCAUUCUGCAGGUCAAGCUCACUCACCCUGAAUAUGACUGGUUUGCAGAGCUUGGGCUUCAGUGGUAUGCUGUGCCAGCUGUCUCCUCUCUACUUUUGGACAUUGGCGGGAUCGAGUUCCCAGCUUGUCCUUUCAAUGGCUGGUACAUGAGCACUGAGAUUGGUUGUCGAAACCUGUGUGAUGUCUACCGAUACAACCUACUGCAGACAAUAGCCAACAAGAUGAGCCUGCAAACAACCAGUAAUUUGACACUGUGGAAGGACAGAACCCUGUUAGAGGUCAAUGUUGCUGUAUUACACAGUUUUCAGAAAGCUAGAGUAACCAUUACUGACCACCACUCAGCAUCCGAGUCCUUCAUGGUCCACAUGGAGAAGGAACAGAAGCUACGGGGCGGAUGUCCAGCUGACUGGGUCUGGGUUGUCCCGCCAAUGUCCAGCAGUCUUUGUCCAGUGUUCCACCAGGAGAUGCUCUACUACUCUGUCAAACCUUCCUUUGAUUACCAGGCAAAUCCAUGGUUGGCCAAACGGAAUGGCGCUGCCAAGAGUGCAAUGCGCAAAGGAGUAACCUUCAAAGGAGCUGCUGUGGCAGUCAAGUAUUUUGCUCACAAGAUGAAGGAAGCCCUUAAGCAACGCUUCAAAGCCACCAUCCUUUAUGCUACGGAGACAGGACGCUCGAAGCAGUAUGCUGAACGGAUUAACCGCAUGUUCAGCUGCACCUUUGACUCCAGGGUGCUUUGCAUGGAGGAUUACGACGUGGUUGAACUGGAGACUGAGACACUAAUUCUCAUCAUCACUAGCACCUUUGGCAACGGGGAACCCCCAGAAAAUGGAGAGGGCUUCGCACGGCACAUUGCAAAGUUGGUCAGAGAAAAUCAAGGGGAUUGUCCAAAGGUAGAGAAUGGUGGAGGUGCCCAGGCCCCGCGCUUGGACUGUGAAAAAUACUGUGGUGGACAACGUCGGCCAUCAGUAGCUGAACAUCAGCUGAACAACCCCCUUAUUGAGAGUAUGAAUGAUCAACCAUUGCCACUUAGUAAUCUCAGGUAUUCUGUGUUUGGUCUGGGCUCCACGGCUUACCCACACUUCUGUGCUUUUGCCCACGCCCUUGAUGCACAGCUUGGCAUGCUGGGAGGGGAGAGGCUGCUGGAAAUUGCUGAGGGUGACGAAUUGGUUGGUCAAGAGGUAGAGUUUCUGAAUUGGGCAGAAAACAUCUAUCAGGAAGCAUGCGAUACCUUCUGCAUCAAGCGUCAGGAUGCAUCUGACAUGGUGAUGGGUACUGUACCCACUGCACCAGAUUCCAGCUGGGCUGAUGAGAAGUUCCGCAUUGUGCCUGAGGCUGAAGGAGUCAGGGCAACAGACCCACAUAUGGCACUUUACAGGCUUCAUGGCAAGCAAACAUUCCCUUGCAAGCUGCUCUCCUGCAAAAAUCUACAGGCUCCCUCAUCUGGGCGGGCCACAAAUUUGGUGAAGCUUGACACAAGUGAAGAGGAAAAGUUGCUGUACGAGGCUGGCGACCAUGCUGCCGUCUUUCCACAGAAUAGAGAAGAAUUAGUGGAGGGUGUCCUGGAAAGGGUGGACUGUGCCUUAAGCCCGAAUGACCUCAUCAAGAUAGAGUGCCGGGAGGAAAAAGAUGACAAUAACAAAGACCUCAACAACAAGUGGGUAAAGUACCAGCAUCUCCCUGUUUGCUCCCUUCGCCAGGCCCUCAAGUGCUUCCUGGAGAUUGCCAAGCCUCCUCCCUCCCAACUGCUGAAAAUCAUGGCAGCAUAUGCCAUUGAGCCUACUGAGGCAGAAGCUCUGGUGAAACUUGGACGUGGCGGUAACAAAUACGAUAACUGGAUCUACAGCCAGUACCCAACUCUGGUGGAUGUGUUUGACCGGUUCCCAUCACUGAGGGUACCAGCUGCCCUGUUGCUAACCCAACUGCCAUUGCUGAAGCCUCGCUAUUACUCCAUUAGCUCCAGUCCCAGUAUCAGCCCAGGGGAAAUUCAUCUGACCAUUGCUGUUGUUUGCUACCAGACACAAAACAACGAUGCUACACGUUAUGGAGUAUGCUCCAACUGGUUGGGCUCAAUUGCAGAGAGCAACAUAGUUCCUGUCUUCAUCAGAAAGGCCACCAAGUUCCACAUGCCUGAGGACAAGGUGGCCCCAAUGAUCCUCAUAGGCCCUGGAGCAGGCAUAGCGCCAUUCCGCAGUUUCUGGCAACAACGCCGGUUUGACAUGCUGAGGUUGGCGCAGAGAAAGGGCACCAGUCAGGACUUGGAGAGGCUUGGUGACAUGACGCUGGUCUUCGGCUGCCGACAGUCAAGCAUAGACAACAUUUACAUGUCUGAGAUGCAGGAGGCCAAGGCAGAAGGGCUACUUACUAAUGUGUGGACUGCUUACUCCAGGGAUCCAGACAAACCUAAGGCUUAUGUGCAGGACCUCUUGUUCCAGAAUGCCCACCAAGUCUUUGAGUUACUGUCCAGAUUAAGGGGACACAUAUACGUCUGCGGGGAUGUUACCAUGGCAGCCGAUGUCAGCAAAGUCAUUCAGUCCAUCGGGGUUGAUGUUGCCAAGAUGUCAGAUGAAGAGGCCAAAUAUUGGGUGACUGGCCUUAGGGAUGAGAACAGAUACCAUGAAGAUAUCUUUGGCGUGACACUGAGGACAGCUGAAGUCACAGAGCAGAAACGUAGGGAGAGCUACGACAUCAGAAAACAUCGCCAGAGUCCGACCCAAACACAAUCCAGAGAGCGUUCCUCGGAUAACAAUAAUGCCGUUUAAACUCUUCCAAGGAGACUAACCCAGUGUUUGAUUUGGCAUAAAGGUCAAGAUACUUUGAAGCCAUCCUGGACGCAGACAUUUUGAAUUCAUGUACGUAUUUGGGGAACGUAAUAAAAUCUCACAGAAUUGAUUUAGGAUAAUAUACUCUAAAUGCAACGCUCAAGUACAGCAUACACGAACAUCGUAAGUGUGUUUUCUGUAUGACGGUUUAAAACCGUCACAGCAAAAAUCCUCUGCAGCACCUACGUGUACAUGAAUUUUAGGAUUCUACAAUAAACUCCGGCUAAACCAACAUCGUACAACUCGUCAAAUUGCUCAAGUCGGCCAUCUGACUAAAGUCACGAUUGUCCGUAAUGCAUUUUCAUCGAAUUUUUUAUGUCUAAGUCGGCUUUUAUAAGUCGCCUUUUCGCUCAAGUUGUCAUGUUACUCUCGGUCCCCUUUCCAUAAAAAGCAUUACAAAAUCCUUUGUGUAAGUCGGCAUUCAACAAAUCAUGCAUUGGCAUCGACUUCCAGUACUGUGGUUGGCAAAGUGUCGAGUGAAACAGACUGGAGUGUACCUCGUGAAAACAAGGUACACUCAUUCAUUUGAACAAUUUACUGGAAUGACAUAUAUUGUCAAGAAUUUAUUUUACUCUCCGAAAUAAAUUAACUUUUUUUUCUUAAUGGUUUGUCUUAUUUACAGUAGUUUGAAAGUAAGUUUCACAGUUAUCAUUUAAUGACAACUUUACAAUUUUUUUUAGACAUUUAUUUUUAAACUUAAACCACCAUGUCUUCAAUGUUAACAUUCAAAUUUUAUUUUUGAACUUUUAAUGGUGAAAGUGUAGGAGUAUUUUAUGCAUGGGGAUUUUAAUGGGUUUUACAAUAUUUUAUGUAGCUUGAAUAAAUUGUUUUUGAGGUUGAGUAUGUACUUUCGUUUUUAAUUGCGUCAAUCAGAAAAAGUCUUAUUGUUAAUAUUGAUUGGUCUCAGAAUUUAAUGUGUGUUGCUAUGUCACUAGUAACCCAGUGAGAUUCUUAUGUAAACAAUUUUCAGUCUGAAAUUUGGCACUGUUGGAAUUUGCUUUAAAUGUUAAGGUAUAUUUUAACUUAAACAAUAUGUCUUCAACGUUAACGAGCAAAUUUUAUUCUUUGCACAUAGAUCACUAUGCUCAAAGAAAUAUAUUUGAAUGUUAACGUUGAAAUGUUUAAAAGUGCAAGUGAAUUUUACAUAUUGUCAUGUUUAUGGGGGUUUUCAAGAUUUUAAUAAGAUUUGAAUACAUUGCUUUCAGGAAUAUAUGUAUUGUUUUAAAUUGCAGUAACGUUGGGUUUUACAACAUUAUUAAUUCAGUUGUUUGGGGUUUGAUUUGUUUUAACCCUCUUUUAUCUAUGUCUUUUAGAAAUAUAAGAAACAAUUUGAGCCCAGAAACCAAGAUGGGGGAUCAAUGGAUAAAUUGGCAGUGGGAGUGGAGGCCCCAGGUUUGAGUCCAUACUCUGGGGCAGAGAACCCUAUGGAUUGGAGCUCUGUAACAGGUGCUGCCACUGUCAAAGUCUAGCCGAUAGUGAAACAAUUGUGCAUUUUUGUCUUAUAAAAAAUGUAUGAAACUUCACAUAAUUUAUAUUCAUGAGACAAAUAUUUUCAGAUGUGGAGCAUUUCAAUUAAAGACAUCUUAACUAAAACAUAUAUAAUUUACUCGCUUAGAAUGUUACACUAUGUUUCUGGAUUCAAAACGCUGCGUAUAAUCAGUGCCAUGUUACGCCAACACUCAUUUUCAUCACUUUUAUUGUGCGAUUGAUGCGGCUAAAAUGUGCAUUCAAAUUAUGGUCAUAAAUUCAGGCAUCAGUCAGGUCUGUUUUGUUUUCCAGAUGUCUUAUUUCACCAGAAAGAUCGUCUUGGAACAGAUAAUCUUUGUCAUUUGGCAAUUUGACAGCAAAUUACAUUUGCCAUUCAGUGAUGACUGGGGAGGGGGGGGGGCGGCUCUAUACAUGUACAUGUAACUAACUAAGUUUUAGAGAAAAUAAUUAGUUUUGUUAUUUGGUCCUAGAAUAGAAUUGUUUAUUGGAAAGUGGUUCAAAUAAAGGCAUUCAUAAGGUGGAAUU